AUGCAGUCGGUUCAUCGUCUGAAGUUACAUUACGGUAGAAAAGCGGACGACGCCGGUCAGGGUGCUAUUGAUGUCACUGAGGCAGAAGCCACUUGGAGGACGGCCCCGAGUACCCUUGUGAUUAACACUCUAGAUAAGUUAAUCGCCCUCGUCCUUGGAUUUGAAAUUUAUCGGGAGGAGAUCCCGGCCAAAGCCAUAAUAUCUAUUGCUGGAGCUGCGGCAUGGCUCGAGAAGCAUUUAAGAGAGAAUGGCUAUGCACCUGACGAAAGCAAUCUUGUACUUGGCACCUUUCCGCCCGAAUUUGUCAGGGAGGUCCAGGGUGAGUUUGGUGAGUUACUUUUCUUGUCGGAAGGAUCUGGCUUUGAGCAAUGCCCCGCCGAGGUCUUUUCAAAAGACAGCGAAGGUGCGCUGGCAAUCAAACCAGCAGGCUCGAUGUUACCAUUCCCAUCAUUCCGAAAGCGGGCCAAAUGA